AUGUCCGCCGCCACCGUCCGGCCACUCCCGUGCCGCCACGUGGCUUCCCGCGCCGUCCCCGCCGUCGCGGCCCACCAGGCCCAGGCGCGGCCCGCCCAGGCCCGCGCGGGCGCCGGCCCGCGCCUCGCCCGACCCCUCCGCCUGGCGCCUCCCGAGCGCCGCCGGAGCCGCUGCCCCUUGCCGGCGUCGCCCGCCGCCCGCUGGCGCGCCUCUCCCCUCCGCCGCCGUCUGCCUCCCGGCCCAACGCGCCUCGCCGGCGAUAUCCUGCUCCUCCCGCCGGCGCCUCCCCGGCGACCCUCGCCGCCCUCCGACCCGCGCCCCGCGGCUCGCCUCCCGCCGCCGCCUCCUCCCAUCGCCGGCGACCGCCACCUCGCCGGACACCGCCUCCGCCGGUCCCCGCCUCCACGUCCGCCGCGCCGGCGCCGCCCCUGGCCGCCCGGUCACCGCCGCGCCUCCCGCCCGUCGUCGCCGGCCUCCGGCGAGCCGCCGUCGCCGGACCCGGACCCAUCCCCGAUUUGUAUCUGGCCGGGUGGACCAGAUCCACCCAUCCUCCAUCCAAACGCGUCGUCCCGUGCCCGGAUCCCUCCGCCCCGCACUGUCCCGUCCACGUUCUCCGCGGGGUAUAAUUUUCUCUAA